AUAUUGAUAUAGUAAAAUGGGAUGUGUUUGCAGCAAGCAAUUAGGAGGAACAAGGCAUGAAGAUAUUUCCCUUCUUGCUUCUCAAACCUUUUUUAGCGAGGCUGAGGUUGAAAUUUUGCAUGAAAUGUUCAAGAAACUAACUUCGUGUCUCAGCAACGACAAUCUUUUGACAAAAGAAAAAUUUCAAUAUAUCUUGAUCAAGGAUACCAAGAGGCGCAGUCUUUCAGCAGAGCGAAUAUUCGGAUUAUUCGAUAUGAGAAACGAUGGGACUAUAGAUUUUGGAGAGUUUGUACACUCUCUCAACAUUUUUCAUCCAAACUCAUCCCACAGAGAUAAAGCCAUAUUUGCAUUUCGAUUGUACGAUACUCGUCAGACUGGAUUCAUCGAACCAGAAGAGGUGAAAGAGAUGAUAAUAGACGUUCUAGAAGAAUCAGAACUUAUGCUAUCGGAGAGUAUCAUUGACUCCAUCGUGGCAAAGGUAGCUAAUGUAACGCUUAGGUUUGUGUGUGCCGAUUUAACAUUUUUAGUUAUUUUACUUGACUUAUAUUAUGGCACAAGGAAGACAUUUGAAGAGGCGGAUUGGAAAAAAGAUGGGAAAAUAGACUUGGAAGAAUGGGAGACUUUUGUGGCCGCCUAUCCUUUGACGCUCAAGAACAUGACCAUCCCUUUCUUGAAGUAAUUGAUUUGCUUGGUUUUUCCUGAAUAGGCAACAAAUAUAUAGUUUAGGAAAAGAUGAACCAUUUUCACAAUAUUUUGGAAUGCAUCUUUCAUGAACCAGCUUUAACGUGUGUGUAUUCAUAAAUUGCAUAUAUAAUCUUAUAUAUUUUUCAGUA